UUUUCUACAACAACUCGCAUCAUGUCUCAAAAGUACGAGUGGAUGGUCAUUCUGCCUGACAAUGUCGGUGCUUUGAACAAGAGAAUGGAAGUCAGAGACAACGCCAUAGANCAACACCUCUCCAACAUCAAACCCGACGCCGCAAGCGGAUUCUGGGUUCUGGGCGGAGCAAUGCUGGAAGACGUGCCCAAAGAAGGUUCUCCACUCAAGAUCAACGGCUCCGUCAUGAUGGCUGUAGCAAGCUCCAAGGAAGAAGUGCUUGAAAAGAUCAAGAAGGAUAUUUAUGCAGACAAGGGUGUUUGGGAUAUGGAUAAGAUUUUCCCUUUUAAGUCAGCUAUUAGAUCUGCUUUGUAA